AUGACCGAAGUCUACAAGCUACCUGGACAUAAAGUCGACGUCAAGCUCCAUGUAUUCAGCCAUGAGAUCCAUUGUCAUUCAUUGAUGUUGAAGCUUGGUUCGGCUUAUUUCAGAAAAUUCCUCGACUCAGCAGACAAAACCCCCUCUUCUGCGAAUGCAACCUUCAAAUACGAAUACGUUACCAUUCAAGAUACUUCUGACGAUGUUCCAAGCCUCGAAGUCGCAACCAAAGUCGAGGGCAGAGGUGAUAAGCCUGUCGACACCGGAUCUGAUCAUUGGUACAUUGCUGUUAAACAUAUGACUGAUUGCAUGUACGGGAAAUCCUUCACACUCACCAGUUUUAAUGAUAUCAACUUUUUGGCCAAGGUUGCAGAUUUUUAUGGUGCCCUGCCAGUCGUUUCAAGGACAUUGGAUACAGUAUUUUUCCGAAGCCCGAAAUUUAUCGAGCGAAUACCUGAUAAUGCUGGUUCUCUCUUGAAGAUUGCCUACCAACUCAGAAACCAAACUUUGUACAAAGAAUGCAUGAUUCAUGUUGCUGGUCGGUGGAAAAGCGAUCCUUGCAUAUCAGAAGACGAUAUGGAUCUUCGAAUCCGAGUUCUCGCUGCAUAUGGAAAUAUUUGCGACAAACUUGUUACAGCAAAUCAUGAAUUGUUAAGACCGAUUGCAUUGUUCCGCCCAGAGCAUGUAAUGCAUCAAGAGCUACGUUCUUUUGUGUUCCAGUACUCCCCGUCACUCGCCGCUUAUUAUCGAAAUUUUUACGAUAAACACUAUGAUGGGGACAUCGAUAAGAUUUUAACUAAGGUAUUGGCUAGUAAUCUAAUCCUUGAUCCUUCUAAACUUGGAGCAGGUCAAGGAAAGUUCAAAAAUUAUUUUCUUUGCACGGAAAUCACAGACAAGGAACUCCCAUGGAAUGAAGAGGAAGAAGACUGGUAG